AUGUCUAUUCAAAAAUUACGCGAUCCUUGGGCUAAACGUGAAGCCUGGCGUAAUACCCCACAAUUAUCUAUUCGUAAUUCGCUAAGGCAUACUUGGCCUGGUCUUCCUUGGGGUGUUGGAGCCUUUAUCAUUUAUUUGGGCGCUGAUGCUGUGAUUUCUCGUAUGAAUAAUCAAAUACAAUCCGAUAGAGAGCUGAGCCGUUCCCAAUAUCUUUAA